CCUGGCUCACUCAGGACCUGGAGCUCAAGCCAAACUUUUGGAUUUGGAUACAACAUCCAGAAAACUGUAGGGUAAGACUGAACUUCUUGACCCACCCCUGCAUCGCUUUUUCAUUGUCAGUUUUUCUGCAAAUUUCUGGAACAGGACAUGUCCACCACAAUCCCAAUAUUCCUGACAGGCCUCUGCUUCCUGCUGCUUAAAACCACUUGUUGCAGCGGUAGCAGGAUUCUAGUAGUGCCUGUUGAUGGCAGCCACUGGAUCAACAUGGAGGUGAUCCUCCGAGAGCUGCACUCCAGAGGCCACAACAUCACUGUGCUGCGCUCUGCCAAGAGUUGGUACAUCCCUAGUAACUCCCCCAUAUAUACUUCUAUGAAUGUGAGCAUGCUGGAGGAUGAUGCAGACAAGAAUUAUUACAAUAAAAUGCUACAAGAUGUUAUGGAGUGCCGCAGGUCGCUGUCUUUUAAACGCACCUUCUGCCAGCAGCACUUGAUCACAUCCAUGUUGGCACAGGGCCAUAAAAUCCUUGCCAGAGCAACAGCUACAAUGUUGGAUGACCCUGUUUUCAUGAAGAAGCUGCAGGAUGCAAAGUUUGACCUAAUGUUAACAGACCCUGCUCUGACUAUAGGAGUUCUUCUGGGUAGUUACCUCAAGCUGCCGAUGGUUUACAAUGUGCGCUGGAUUAAUACUGGGGAGGGCCAUUUCACCAUAGCUCCCUCUCUUAUCUCCUAUGUCCCUGUGUCAGGAAGUGAACUGCAUGAUCAGAUGGAUUUCCUGGAGAGGACCAAGAAUAUGCUACAUUAUCUCCACAGUGUUGUUGAACAGCACUUUAUCAUUAACCCUGCUUAUUCAGAUCUGUUUCAGCGGCACUUCCCUCCUGGAACUGACUUGCUGUCUUUGCAGCGUGCAGCUGAUAUCUGGCUGCUCAGGGCAGAUUUUGUCUUUGAGUUCCCUCGACCCACCAUGCCCAAUGUGGUCUACAUAGGGGGGUUCCACUGCAAAAAGGCCAGACCUCUCCCUGCUGAGCUGGAGGCCUUCAUGCAGAGCUCUGGGGAGCAUGGGGUGGUGAUUAUGUCUCUGGGGACAUUCGUGUCAGCCCUGCCUCGAGAAGUCACAGAGGCCAUCGCUGCUGCUUUUGCUCAGCUCCCUCAGAAAGUGGUGUGGAGGUUUCUGGGUGAAAAGCCUUCAUCUCUGGGGAACAACACCCUACUAGUGGACUGGCUGCCUCAGAACGAUAUUCUGGGACACCCCAAAACUCGUGCCUUUGUGGCCCAUGGAGGCACCAAUGGGAUGUAUGAGGCCAUCUACCAUGGUGUUCCUGUUCUGGGCCUGCCGCUCCUCUUUGACCAGUUUGACAAUCUACUCCGGCUGAAGGUGCGCGGGGCAGCUCGAGUGGUGGAGGCCAAAUCACUCACUAAAGAAGACUUCCUUGAGGCUCUAAAGGACAUCCUGGAGACUCCCUCAUAUCGAAGCAACAUUCAACAUCUCUCCCUGCUACAUCGUGACCAACCAAUGUCUCCUAUGGACACUGCCAUCUUUUGGAUUGAGUAUGUCAUUAGGAACAAAGGAGCGGCCCAUCUGCAGUCAGCAGGUUUUAGUCUGCCUUGGUACUCCUACUUCUGCCUGGAUGUGGCUGUAUUAAUCAUGGCCCUCAUUGGAGCCCUUGUCUGGGCAUCAAUCUUAAUAUGUAGGUUGCUCUGCUGCCAGAGGUUCAGGAGAAAGAUAAAAGCAGAAUGACUGAUUCUAACCUAAUUUUACUUUCACUUAUAUAUUAUACAGUUCUACAUAAUCUAGAACUGUUUUGAUAUCCCCAAACAUCUUGAACACAUUCUUGUGUUUUCAAGCUCCCUAGUCAUAAAACCAGCUUUUCUGUUAAGUCAAACUGAAAUUAUAAAAAAGGUCUAACAUGGCAUAUCAUCAGAUAAUUUCCAUAUAAACUACAGUAGUUUAUCAAGGAGGUCAAAUUUCUGAUUAGCAAAAAUGAUGACAACCUCCCUCUGACAACCUGAUCGUGGUGAAUUUAUGAUUAGUUUCAUACACUUCCUGUGUGGCCUGUUGAAGAAAAUUCUCAAGUCCUAUUUCAAAGUUUGCUGUAGUGGUGGUGAUUUAUUGGUAUUCCAGAAUACGGUGAGUCUGCUGACACACACAGAGUGGGUCUGGGAUGGCAAACUGACCCAGAGUGAAGGGCAGGGGGCCAGUUAUACAGUGGUACAGGGUAGUGAUCAAACAAUGUGAACAAUGGUACAGGAUAGAUCACAUGACACAGACAAGACCUUUUGUUGACUCAGUAGGGAGCAGGAAGAGCCAGACUUGAUCACCUUCGCCAUUGUAAGGUGUGACAUAAUCAACAUUGGCCUUGAUCAACUUGCCAGUGCAAGGUGACAUAAUCAACAGUUAGAAGGUAUGAUAAACAGAAGGACAAGGAAGGGCCUUUAACAUACAGUUGCAAACAGUGGUUUCGGACAUUAAUUAAUUAUGAAGUCCUUACUAUCCAAAAGGUGUAUUUUCUUUCUCAGACCCAGUGGUGACAUGCGUGAAGGGAAACUUCUGAGAACUCACAUGGACUGUGUAUCCUCAAGAAAAUACAAUCACUGGAACAUUAUAUUAUCCUUUUUAACAUAUUUCAAUUUAACUCUUUUCCGGGGAUGUAAGUAUAUAAAUGUAAAGUAUCUUAUGUACUGAUGAAUAAAUUAAUUCCUGAAUAGCUGCAUGUUUCUUUUAAAUUAUGCAUACUUUUACUUAAAUACAAUAUGUGCCUACAAAUCAAGAUAUUGUCAUAACAUGAACACGUUAAACAUGUUUAAUUGUCAAUGGCAGAUACUAUAGGCUACACUGUACCUUUAAACAGAUUAUAAUUGCAAUCACAUGGAGUCUUAUCAUGAGAUCACUGAGUUCAGUACUGUAAACCACAAACAAAUGUGAGAUUGUGGUGUUCAUUGUUUUUGUAGCUGCUAAAUUUGGAAAACAACCUUGGGCCAGGUCAAACAGAGAGCUCAAGCACUGAGGAGAAAAAGUCAUUUGGUUAAAAUGAAACUGGCAGCAGAGCUGAAGAUGGUUCACCAUGUUCCGGUGAAAUGAUUUUCCAAGUCAGUUUGGAAUGUUUGUCUCCCAUUUGGGAAAAAAAAAUAAAGAGAAAAACUAAUAUUUUUGUUCAGUGAUUGGGGUGUUCAGUAUGGUGGUGAUUCAGAGGAAAGACAAGCGCAAAUGAAAUGACAUGGAAAAUGGGUUGCAUAACACCACUAUGUGCUGAGAGUAUAUACUGUGGUUCACACAUUAUCCCACAGAGCCACCUACAGAGGGCCCCAGAUGAAGUGUUAAGGUGAUGAUGCAAAAUUGGUUGCAACAGUCGAAGUGGGCGCUUCAGUAUUCAUGCCAUAACCUCAUAUGUUUCCCACACUGAACAAGCAGAUAUUAGAAGAAAGAACAUAUAAUAAAAUUAAUAUUGUGUUGCGGUUGUUUACAGUAGCACUUGAGCAUAUUAGAGUACGUAGUUUCCCAUUUAUUUCCCCUUACCCAACUUUUUUUCUGUCCUCAUGCAGCAAAUACCGUGACCACAAACUCGUGUCGGUACUUUGAGUGGCAGAAAGAUGAAGCGAUGAGGCUGUCAGUUUUUCACAUUGCAGCUUCCUGUAUGAUCUUCGUUCUGCAUAACUGUAGUGAGACCCAAGUUCAAGAGUUUAAACUUUGUCUCUUGUUUUCAAGAGACAAAGUUUAAACCAGUGUUCCCUCCUCUAUGUGCACACAGUACGU